CAUUUCAAUCCUUCUUCACCCAACUCGCAGACUGCGGUGGCGGCGUUCAUCGGAUUGGGUGCGAUAUUUCUCCGAACACUUCUCCGGCAUCGCUUAGCUCGAAUCCUCUACCUUCCGCCGCUCUCCCACAGGUGCCAACCUUCCUCGCUAUCUUCUUGUUCAUCCCAAUUCCUUGAACCAUGCAUCAGUGCCAACUCGCCAAGGCCUCAGUGAUGCCGUUCCUUUCCAAGAUAUCAAAACCAGGAAGCCGCCACCCAAUGGUAUCAAUUUGUUUCUCCGAAGGCUUCAUUCGUAGAAUACCUGGAAGCAUAAGUGUUCUCGAUGUCAGAAGUUUUUCAUGCCAUUUUGGAUCACGGGGGAGCGCUUGCGGAUGGCAAACUAGGGUUUUUUCCAGUAGCUCGCGGCCGGGAUCACCUGAGGUUGUUGGAAGUGCAAAGACAACCGAAUCACUGCCUUGGAUAAGGGGAUCUGAUGGGAAUAAGGAGGGGAAGCGGGUACAAGAGAAGGCGCCGGCUGGAACAAAGCGCUCUUCUUGGGCAGAAGCAGCGGAGAGCUUUCUUGCCAGAGAUGAGCAAGGUAUUGCUAGGAAAGAUAACACCAUCGAUGCAGAGGAGGAAGACCUAGAGGCCGAGCCUGUCGACGACCCAAGGUGGGAUAAGAUUAAGAGCAGGUUCAAGGAUGUCAUCGGACGAGAACCCAAAUUCGAGAAACAGAAGAACCAGCACUGGAGUAAGAAUGCGAGUUGGGAGAGAAAGCCCAUUAAAGGCGCUGAAGAGUCGUCGUUCAAUACCACCGAGGUUCGUCGGCGGAAUAAUCAGGAGACUGCCGAGGUUCGUAGGUGGAAUAAUCAGGAGAAUUGGGGCAGGAAGACAUGGAAAGAGGCGACUGAUUCUUCUGUUCCAAAAAUGGUUGGCCAGAGUGUCUAUGGUGUUGGCCCAGUCUUGGCUGCAUUGACGGCUGAAAGGAGGGAGUUUUAUGCUCUUUAUGUUCAGGAAGGAUUAGACUUGAGUGGAAACAACAAGAAGAAGAAGGACAAGAAAGCAGUGGAGAGAAUAUUGAAGAUAGCUGAGAAGGUAGGCUUGAAGGUUGUAGAAGCCUCAAAGCACGACCUCAAUAUGGUUGUCGAUAACAGACCUCAUCAGGGUUUGAUUCUCGAUGCUUCUCCCUUGGAGAUGGUGAGCAUAAGGGAGCUGGAUCCUGUGAUGCCAGAAGCCGGAAAAUCUCCUCUCUGGCUUGCCCUGGAUGAGGUGACAGACCCACAGAACUUGGGGGCCAUCAUCAGAUCAGCUUAUUUCUUCGGAGCAGAAGGUGUGGUCCUAUGUGCCAAGAAUUCAGCUCCUUUAAGCGGUGUAGUAAGCAAAGCUAGCGCUGGUUCCCUCGAACUGAUCGAGCUUUUGUCUUGUAAGAACAUGAUGCAGUUCUUGUCAUCUUCAGCUGAGAAUGGUUGGCGAGUUCUCGGAGGAUCAGUCUCUUCUAAAGCUGUAUCCUUGAGUGAGGUUGAAGUGGGGGUGCCUACGAUUCUUGUUUUGGGUAGCGAAGGCAGCGGGUUAAGGCCCCUGGUCGAGAGAUCUUGUACUCAGUUAAUUAGAAUCCCUGGAAGUUUUCCGUCAGAUGCACACCAUGGAACACCUGAAGUAGAUGUCGAGGAAAAGGAUCAGGAUUGCUUUGGGAAAGAUCUCAAGUCAUUUCUUGCUGUUGAGAGCUUGAACGUUAGUGUAGCUGCCGGAGUGCUUCUAUACCAAUUGACUGGAAAGAAUAAUCACGAUGUGCGUACUACAGAGUUAAGUAAUGAUUUAAUGUGAACUCCUGCCAGUUAAAUAAUGUUCUAAUUAAUACUAACUUCUGCCAGUUAGUAUUGUUUGAUC